AACACGGAGCUGAUCUACAAGAUGUCUGGAUUUACCACUGUAUUUAGCUAAGGAAGACGGGCACAUUGUCAGAUACACCAAGAGCUCAGAGUGUAUCUUUAUCUCCUUGAGAGUUGGUUUAAAUGUUAAGUUAAAUUGCUUUGGUCGCCCGCGCCCGCGGUGAUCACAGUAAAGAAAGAAAAGAAACUCCCCGGAUGAAAACGACAAGAGGGCCUUCUGCAGAGCAGUAAACUUCCACGUGCAAACCCCCCCCAUUAUAUUAGCUUCUCUACCUAAUAACUAUAAGAUUAAACAAGACAUGUUUGGUUCUUCGAGAUCUGGGGGUGUCAGAGGUGGCCAAGAUCAAUUCAACUGGGAUGAUGUUAAAACCGAUAAACACAGAGAGAACUACUUGGGGAAUUCUCUUAUGGCACCUGUUGGUCGCUGGCAGAAAGGAAAAGACCUGUCAUGGUAUUCCAAAGAUAAAAAGAGUGGCGAACCUCUAUCUAAAGACCAGGAACUUGCUGCUGUAAGGGAGGCUGAGAGGGAGGCAAUGAUGGCAGCAAUGGGACACAAGGUUAUAAAGAGACAACCAACGGGUCUUACUAAAGAGGAUUUCGCAGAUGUGUGCAAAAGAGAGGGAGGAGAUGGAGAAGAGAAAGAUGUGGAUAGAGUCUCUGGACUGGGGAGCUCCAUGGCUGCGUCAAGAAAUAUUGUCUUCUCCCAACAAGAGAAAGAGGCGACAAAACUAGGACUGUCUGUCUUCACGCACCAAAAAUCUGAUGGGCCUCAAGUAGCUUCUUCCAAAAGGACUGCAGAGGGCACAAAUCAAGAUCAAGACGCUUCAGAACAGAGGCACGAGAGUCAAAAGAAGGCCAAAAAGGAGAAGAAGAAAAAGAAGAAAAAGGAAAAGAAGAUGAAAAAAGAGAAGAAGAAGCAGCGUCAAAGACGAAAUUCAUCUUCAUCUUCGUCAGACUCAGACGAUGACUAUAAAAGGCGGAGAAAGGACCACCAUAGUCAUAAUCCAUCAUGGAGCAGUCAGAGUGGAGCCAGGCCCCAUGACAGCCAUUUAGGAGGGGGGGCAAAGGGCGAGCGCCCCCCCCACUCUCCUCCUGGCCAGCGACGCCAGCGGCAGCAUGACACAGAGUCCUCGUCCAACAGGGGGUCUCACCACCCUCACCGCAGUGCCAGGCGCAGGUCCCCCCCAGCCUCACCAGCACAAUGCCAUCGGCGGCGCCAUGACACGGACUCAGACGACUAAUGCCCCUGUCAACCUUGCACACACACACACACACACACAGACACACACACCCCUCCAUCCUCCACACACCAAUGCAGAAAGGCAGAGUGACAGACUGCAGCAAGAUGCUUUAACUCUGCUCUUUUUUUAGAGAGACACUGCAAGUUGGGCUAGCUGGCCUCAGCAAUUGGAUUAGUUUGGAGUCAUACCAAAGUUCAAGGCCCAUUAGAAGGGUUUUCUUGUGCAUCACCGCAAGAUCUCCUACCUAUCAUGUCAACGUACAGACAGAGUUUGGAACGAUAUUGGUCAGGUGUCUAGGUAUCUGAUGCCAUGAAGUGACACAGCCCUGCCUCAUUGUGGCUGCUGAGAAGGUGAUGGGUCUUCAGUCUGAUGUGAAAGUGUAGAAACAAGUAUGAACACCAGUAAAUGCAUCCACUUUGGAAAUUGUGUAAUGCUUUGCAUUUAGUUAGGACUGCCACACAUUGAAUAGCAAGUGCACAUAUAAAAUGAUAAAUCUAAUUGAGUUUUUACAAUAUCAUAAAACACAGAAAAUGUUGGCAAAAUGACCUGGCAUGAAGAGUAUUGUCUAUAAGUCACUCAGUUGCAUUUUAAGUCAUUGUAACAGUGGUCUUUUACUCUGAAUUUGCUGUAGAUGACUAGGAUACAUCUCCAUUAACCUACUAGGUUCUAUAGACAUUGAUGGAACACACAGUGGGGCAUAAUGCAAAACUUGACCUAUGAACUCAAGUUCAAACCAGACGGUAUCAUAUAAAUAAAAUCUAAUUCGUCAACUGA